UCGACCCGAAAACAAACGACCGGAAGUGACUUUCCACUAUCAGAAGCUACGUGAGCAAGUUUAGUUUCCUUUUUUUUUUCCUUCGGUAUGUUAAGUCACUUCGUGGAGAAGGCCAUACGAGUAUAAUAGCUUUUCUAUUAAAGUUGUUAUUAAUAGCUUCGAUUAUGUUUUUAGUGUUUGGUUUGAAUGGUUUUAGCUGAAGUUUCUUCCGGAAGUAGCACUGGGUCCGAGUGUUAGCUUAGCCCGUUAGCUGGAGACAGACAGCAGCACAGCGAGUCAGAGAAACUUUGAUAGAGAAUAAACUGUUUCUGACGGACUUUAAGGAGAUAAAAUAUUCUUAUGCGAUUGUAUGAAAACAUAGGAAGUCCAGAGUGCAGGAGAAAGGAAAGGACGAUGGAGGAGCCACCAGAUGGUGAGCAGACGGACUCUCAGUUUUAUGUUUCCUGCAGAUGUCCAGCAAGUGUUGGUGAUUAAAGAGGAGCUGGUUGUUGAGGAGGAGGACUGGAGUGCCAGACCAGACCAGGAGGACCAGAAGCCUCCUCAGAUUAAAGAGGAAGAGGAGGAGAAUGAGAUCACAGGGUUAACUUUCAGUCCUGUUCAUGUGAAGAGUGAAGAUGAGGAAGAGAUACCUCAGCUGUCAGAACUUCUUCCCAGUCAGACUGAGGGGAACAGAGACUCUGAGGAAUCAGAUGAUGACAAAACUUCAAAUUGUUCUUCAGAGACAGACGUCAGUGAUGGAAACUGGGAGGAAAGUGAAGCUCAGUCAGAUUUAGACUCUGUGAAAAAAGAUGCCGUUCCUGUUGGUGAUAGAAAAUGUGGCAAAAGUAAAAAGUUACACAUCUGUCCCGACUGCGGAAAAACAUUCAGAAGCAGGCAAGGUUUGUUAGGACACCACAGAAUACACACCGGAGAAAAUCCUUUCAGCUGCUCCAUUUGUAACAAAACCUUUUCUUCAAAAGGAAACUUGCAAAAACACUCAAAGGUCCACACAGGGGAAAGACCAUUCAAAUGUUCUGUCUGUGGCGUGGCUCUUAAAAGGAAAAACUCACUAAUUGAACACACAAGAAUCCACACUGGGGAGAAGCCGUUCAGUUGCUCCGUCUGCGGCCGAAGCUUUGGUUUCAGCUCCUAUCUAAAAGUUCACAUGAAGUGUCACUCUGAAGAAAAACCUUACAGCUGUUCUCUAUGUGCAGCUAGUUUCAAAAGGAAAAAUACUUUAUUGGCACAUGUAAAAACCCACACUGGAGAGAAGGCUUACAGUUGCUCAGUAUGCGGAAAAAUGUUCAAGUGGAAAGAAAGCGAAAUCCGACAUAUGAGGUCUCAUACAAAAGAGAAACCAUUCAACUGCCCCAUUUGUCAAAGGAACUUUCCUUCCAGGAGAACAUUGAAAGAACACGCUAAGAUCCACUCAGAGAACAGACCUUUCAAAUGUUCUGUCUGUGACGCUGCUUUUAAAAAAAAGAGAACUUUGUCAGAACACGUAAAAAUCCACACGGGAAAAAAGCCUUGCAGCUGUCGGGUCUGCGGCCAGAGCCUCAGUUCCAAGUCAUAUCUAACUGUUCACAUGAGAAGUCACACAGGAGAAAAACCUUACAGCUGUUCUGUCUGUAAGGCCACUUUCAAAUGGAAAAAAACUUUUUUAAAACACUCAAAAAUCCAUGCAGCUCAAUAAUGAAGUCUGUGAGAAUUGGACUGUUCAUGUUCAGCUUCAAUACAUUAAAAUACAGGAAAUGUUAUUUCCAUAUACCUUAGGGGAAUCUCCCCCCAGAAAUUAUCAUGUGAAGAGUUUUGUGCCACCUUGUUGCUGAAAUGUGAUGUACAAAUAAACUUGACUUGAUUUAAAAUUGAUGUUUUACCAAGACAGCGACCCCAAACACCACUGUAACUGAGCAGCAUCUUGGUUCCAGAAUAUCAAGAUUAAUGUUACAGAUUCCAGAAGUUGAUCAACUUCAUGUUAUACAGGUUUAAAUCUGUGUUUUAUAUUAAUAUUUUAAUUGCCUUUAUUAAGAGCAAAGCGAAGCCAAAGUCAGUUCUUGGUUUGUGUUGUUGAAUAUAGUUGAUUCUGAUUGUGAUGUAACAAAAUAUUUGUUUGGUUUAUCACAGGGAAGCUAAAUGUUGAAACAUUUUCCAGAUUUUUAAUAAAUGUGAAGAUGAAUGUCGA